GUUUAAAGCGCCUGGGAAGUCAGCGGAGGCUGCAUAUAAACACAAAAAGAGCGCCAGUCAUUAAUAUGAGUUUGGAGGAACAUGACAGCGCUGCUAUGAAACAGAAAACGGGGUAGGCUGUGUCUUUGGGGCUGUGUGAGUGUUCUCUGGGCAGAAUGAACACUGGCUAACCCGUUAGCCUAGCCUGGUCAUGGAGGUCCGCUUUGGUAAUGUGGUGUUCAGCUCACGGUUUGACUCAGGAAACCUGGGCCGUGUGGAGAAAGUGGACCGGGCCGAACCGGAGAAUGAAGGCAAUGGACCUGGGAAGGGGUGCCUCUCCAUCCCAGAUUAUGAGUUUAACGUUUGGACCAAACCGGACUGUGCGGACACAGAGUUUGAGAACGGGAACCGGUCGUGGUUCUAUUUCAGUGUGCGAGGCGCUCAGCCUGGGAAGCUGCUGAAGAUUAAUGUGAUGAAUAUGAACAAACAGAGUAAACUGUACUCUCAGGGCAUGGCCCCACUGGUCCGCACCCUGCCCGUCAAAACACGCUGGGAACGAGUCCGCGAGAGGCCUGUGUUUGAGAUGUCAGAGAACCAGUUUGUCCUGUCGUUUGUCCACCGGCUGCUGGACGUGAGAGGAGCCACCACAUACUUUGCCUUCUGUUACCCGUUCUCUUACUCCGACUGUCAGGACCUACUCACACGGCUCGACCAAUCACUGCUCAGCACCGCACACACACUGGGACCUGGCAGUCCAGUGGACUCUGUGUAUUAUCAUAGAGAGCUUCUGUGUCGUUCGUUGGACGGACACAGGGUGGACCUACUGACCAUCUCCUCCUGUCACGGCAUUCAGGAGGACAGAGAGCCCAGACUGGACAGACUCUUCCCUGACCACAGCACCCCACGUCCACACCGGUUCACAGGAAAACGGGUGUUCUUCCUGAGCAGUCGUGUGCAUCCUGGUGAAACUCCCUCCAGCUUUGUCUUCAACGGUUUCCUCAGCUUCAUCUUAAACCGGGAGGACCCCCGCGCCCAGACGCUCCGCAGGCUGUUCGUCUUCAAACUCAUCCCCAUGCUCAACCCAGACGGGGUCGUCAGAGGUCACUACAGGACUGACUCUCGGGGAGUGAAUCUGAACAGACAGUACCUGAACCCCAGUCCAGACCUCCACCCCUCCAUCUAUGGAGCCAAAACCCUGUUACUGUUCCACCACCAGCAGGGCUGCUCCGGCCCCGCCCUGCCCGCACACAGCCCCCUCAGUGCCAAGACCUUCAACCAGCCCAACACAGAGAGCCCCCUCAGCCUCAACCAGCCCAACACAGAGACCCCCCUCAGCCUCAACCAACGCAAUGAGGACCAACAGCACGAGAUCACCACCCACGACCUCCCCGAAAUCUCCAUGCAAACAGAGGAGAGCUGGGAGAAGGGCGGAGUCAAGAAAGAGGUGGAGCUCUGUAAUGAGAAUGAACUGGUUGUGACAAAGAGCGAAGCCCCUCCCAUUCCGGGCCCCUCCCCUACAGAGCCCGUCACUUCCCAGAAGAGUGGAGUGGCCUAUUACAUUGACCUGCAUGGCCACGCCUCCAAACGAGGCUGUUUCAUGUACGGGAACAACCUGCCCGAUGAAAGUCAGCAGGUGGAGAAUCUGCUCUAUCCAAAGCUGAUCUCGGUGAAUUCGCCUCACUUUGACUUUCUUGGCUGUAAUUUUUCGGAGAAGAACAUGUACGCUCGGGACAAGCGUGACGGUCAGUCGAAGGAGGGCAGCGGUCGAGUGGCCAUCCAUAAGGCUAUUGGUCUGGUGCACAGUUACACUCUGGAGUGUAAUUAUAACACUGGUAGAGCAGUGAACAGCAUUCCUCCUGCCUGCCAUGACAACGGGAGAGCCACACCCCCUCCGCCACCGGCCUUCCCGCCCAAAUACACCCCGGAGGUGUUUGAGCAGGUGGGUCGUGCUGUUGCCGUGGCAGCCCUGGACAUGGAGGAGUGUAAUCCGUGGCCUCGCUUGGUUCUGUCCGAACACAACAGCCUGGUGAACCUGCGUGCGUCUAUUCUCAAACACGUCCGCAGCAGCAAAGACCUGGGCAACAACAAGAGGAACGGCUCCAAACCCUCCAGUCCCCCUAAACCCAUGGGUUUGAGCAGCUCUGCGUCUGAGAACUCUCUGAGCAGGAGUCGUGGUAACAGCGUCUCCGUCGCUAACGGCAUCAACAGCAGGAGUCGACAGACGUCGCCCCAGCUCAAGAGCUCCCCCAGUUUCACCUUCGGGUGUGCUAACUCCAGCCACACCCCUGCCACGCCCGGACUCCCUGCGCACUCCUGGAGUCCCGGCUCACACAAACCCGUCCACAGAGCUCAGGGACCAGACAGAGAAUCAAAAGCUCAGGAGAAGAGACGUUCCCACCAUUCACGCCCCUUACUGCGGUCUCCUAGCAACAGCCAGCCCGCCCCUUCACAUCUCUCCCCUUCACCUUCGUCCUCAUCUUCCUCCUCUCCCUCCUCCUCCUCCUCCUCCUCGGCGUGCGAGAGCGGCUGUGUCCCGGGGUCCGGGCCCCGCCCCUGCUCCAUCAACGUGGCAGGCAUCACCUGUCCUGACAUACAGUCCCCAGAGCAGAUGAAACACAUUCCUGAGCCCAGUGGGACCAGCACACCAGGCCACGCCCACCAACACACACCGCUGAGGCGAGGGAGGUCGCUCCCCAUACAGUCGUCUCUCAAGAGCGGUUCCUUUGGCUUCUUCUCCUUCAUCGAAUACAGCAGGUGUGUGCUGCAGCCCAGACCAAGUCGCAUCCCCCUGAGGAAGGGCGGGGCGUCUGGCCACCCUUCCCAGACUCCGCCCUACUCCUCCCACUGCUCUGACACAGCCACAGCCAGGGUGUGGAAACUCAUCAAACCAGGCAUCAGGAACCACCUGUCCUUCUCAGGUCCAUCAGGGAGGUCGUGUCCUGCUCUAUGUUUGACAUCCAGAACUUUGCUGAAGAACUCUGGCAGUUACAUGGUUUCUGAGGACGCAGCAGCACAGACGCCUGAUGCAAACCCUGAACCACAGGUCUUUCCUGAUACAGGGUCUGUGAUGGACCAGCACCCAGAAUCCUGAUCACUCUCUCUGUCAG